AUGCUGUUCAAAAGCAUACUGCUUUUCCUUUGCUCCCUGCAGCCGCUCGUCCACGCCCUCACUUAUCGCGCAGCCGAUAUCUCGUCCAUACUGGUGGUCGAAGAUGGCGGGAUCACUUACUCUUAUGAGAAUGGCACAGAGGCUAAAUUCGAGGACAUUCUCGCCGCAAAUGGCAUGAACACUGCACGUAUCCGAGUGUGGACCUCUGGAACGUACGAUUUGACCUACGCCUUGAAGCUUGGCAAACGUGUGAAGGACGCGGGAUUAAGGCUUCACAUAGACUUGCAUUAUAGCGACACGUGGGCGGACCCGGGUCAUCAAGCUAUUCCUUCGAGCUGGCCUACUGAUCUUGAUGGUCUGAACGCGGAGAUUUAUGACUACACUAUGGAGGUAGUACAAAGCUUCUUGGACCAGGGAACGCCCAUUGAUAUUCUUCAAAUCGGCAACGAGAUCAAUAAUGGACUACUCUGGCCUGUCGGCGAGAUCUCGGAGAAUGGCUUCUCUCCCGCUUCCCAGCUGCUUCACUCCGCGAUUCAAGGAGCAAAGGCCACCGGCGAGAACCCGACCAUCCUCAUCCACCUCGCGAACGGCUGGGAUUGGUCAGGCCUGGAGUAUUUCUUCGGAGGCAUUUUUAUUUCGGGUGCAUUGGAGCUGUCGGAGGUCGACAUGAUGGGCGUAUCGUUCUACCCCUUCUACGGUACUGACGCGACGCUGGCCAACUUGUCAAUAUCUCUGACGAACUUGGUCAAUGAAUACGGCAGAACAGUGGUGGUCGCUGAGACGGAUUGGCCGGUGUCGUGUCCGGGGGUUAAUUUGAGUGACACCAGCAUUCCCAUCUCGGUGGCUGGCCAGGCGGAAUGGGUAGCGGACAUCAGGAGUGUUCUGGAAAGUCUACCGGACUCAAUGGGCCAAGGAAUCUACUAUUGGGAGCCUGGAUGGGUCGGUAAUGCGGCUCUUGGCUCUUCGUGCUCGAACAAUCUUCUCGUAACGUCCAGUGGCGAAGCUGAAGCAUCAAUUAGUAUGUUCAGCAGAGAUAUGUAG